AUGGAGUUGUGGCGGCAGUGUGCAAAAUGGCUGAUCGAAUGUAGGGUCUUGCCCGAAACACACCGGGUCACAUGGGAGACCGCCCAGGUGUGCGACCUGGCGCAGGCUCUGAGAGAUGGCGUGCUGCUGUGCCAGCUGCUUAACAACCUGCUGCCUCUGGCCGUCAACCUGAGAGAGAUCAACUUGCGCCCGCAGAUGUCCCAGUUCUUGUGUCUUAAGAACAUCCGGACCUUCCUGGGCGUGUGUCAGGACAAGUUCCAGCUGAAGAAGAGCGAACUGUUUGAGGCCUUCGAUCUUUUUGAUGUGCGCGACUUCGCCAAGGUACUCUACACUUUGUCCAUUCUUUCUUACUCAUCCAUUGCCACACAGAAAGGACUCCAGCCUUUCCCUUUGGGAGAAGACAUAUCCGAUGAAGAUAUCUACAACGGUCUUUCUGACCAGAUAGAUGAUACGGUAGAUGAAGCUGACGAUUUGUACGACUGCGUGGACGACGUGGAGGCCGAAGGGGAUGAAAUCUAUGAGGAUUUGAUGAGGACAGUCGAACAACCCGAAAAUCAUAAGUCCGGUGUAGACAAGCGAGAAUGCUGUCUCCAGGAAUUGAAACAGACAGAAGGAAAGUACUCAGAUACGUUGGAAUCAAUUUUACAGCACUUCAAAAAACCUCUGGAAAAAUUCCUCCAUGCUCCGGACAUCGAAAUCAUCUUUAUUAACAUACAGGAUUUGGCAGUCAUACAUCAAGAACUUUUAGAUGAGAUCCAGAGUUCUGUCAGGAACGGUGCCAAGAACCUGCACCAGGUGUUUGUCAACUACAAGGAGAGGCUACUGGUCUACGGCCGCUACUGCAGUCAAGUAGAAACAGCGACUAAGCAUCUGGACAAGCUGUCGAGUACGAUGGAGGAUAUAAGAAUGAAGCUAGAGGAGUGUUCCAAGAGAGCAAACAGUGGGAGAUUUUCUCUCAGGGAUCUGCUUAUGGUACCCAUGCAGAGGGUCCUCAAAUAUCCCCUGCUCUUACAGGAGCUGGUGAAAUACACACGUGAUCCAACUGAAAAGGAGAACCUGCGCACCGCUCUCGACGCCAUGCGAGACCUGGCGCAAUGUGUCAAUGAGGUAAAGCGGGACAACGAGAUCCUCAGGCAAAUCACCACCUUUCAGUUGUCCAUCGAGAACAUGUCACAGUCCUUGGCCCUGUUUGGCCGCCCCAAAAUGGAUGGAGAGCUUAAGAUUUGCAGCACAGAAAAGAAGUCUAAGCAGGAAAGAUACGCCUUCCUCUUCGACAAGGCUGUGUUUGUGUGCAAAAAGAAGAGCGGUGAGACCUUUGAGCUCAAAGAGAUCAUCCAGCUCCAGCACUACCAAGUGCGAGAUGAGACGGCCGGGGACAAGGACAAAAAGAAGUGGUCCUACCUGUUUCUACUGUUGGACUCUUACGGGAAGUGCGGCUAUGACUUGUACUUCAAAACGCGGGAACUGAAGAAGAAAUGGCUGGAGCAGUUUGAAAUGGCUCAGUCCAACAUGUGUCCCGAGAAUGCAGCAGCGAACAACCACGAUUUCCAGAUGCACAACUUUGAGGAGACAGCGUGUUGCAAGGCAUGCUCCAUGAUGCUGAGAGGGAUUUUUUUCCAGGGCUACCGCUGCACACGCUGCAAAACAGCCGCCCACAAAGAGUGCUUGGGCAGACUGCCAGCUUGCGGGCGCAGCUCAGGUUAGUCUCCUCUAGUGUUCGUCCCCUUUUUAGGGGUGAACACUGACCAUGCAAGUGCUGCCAGGAAGAAUAGGACACAUGGGUCCUCAGGGAAUGCCAGCCUUGGAUUUCCCAAGAUGGAGGCAUGUCAGGAAUACUUUGGCCUGCCACCACCGCCCACCAGCUUCGGUCGGCCGCUGCAGCUGUCUAAGGGUGAUGUGGUGGAACUGACACGGGCCGAGGUGGAGCUGUCAUGGUGGGAGGGCAAAAACUUGACUAGGGGUCAGACGGGCUGGUUUCCCUGCAGCAGAGUUAUUCCUUUCUCGUGUGUGAGUUUAAAUUGUCCUAGGCCUACUCCAGACCUGUCUGCUUACAGCUGGUUUGCGGGUAAUAUGGAUCGACCCGCCGCCAAAGACCUGCUCAUGUCCCGCUCCGACGGAACCUACCUGGUCCGACAAAAAGAUGGUGGAGAGUUCGCCAUCAGCAUCAUGUUCAACAUGGACAUCAAACAUAUUAAAAUCACAUCCUGUGAUGGCCUGUUCCGCAUGAAUGAGAAGAAGGCCUUCAAGGCUUUAGUGGAGAUGAUUGAAUACUACCAGCAGAACUCCCUAAAGGAGUGCAUCAAGGAUGUGGACACAAUGCUUCGUACGCCGUACAAGCAAGCCGAGCAGAGUGAGGAACAAAAUAUGCAUCACGCGGCCAAAGGUUUGUGCCUCUCUACAGGAGGCAGCGCACGGUUCUUUGGCAUGGCGAAGGCUAGGUACGACUUCUCGGCACGCGAUCGCUCUGAGCUGUCGCUGCGCGAAGGAGACACCAUUAGGAUCCUUUCCAGGAAAGGCCACAGUGGCUGGUGGAAAGGAGAAGUGUAUGGCAAGGUGGGAUUCUUCCCAGCCAACUACGUGGAUGAGGACUACUCAGACUAUAGCUGA